GUAGAUUUCGACGUUAGAUAAUAGAGGAAUAGAUCAUAAUUUCUUGCGUCGUCACAUUACAAAUAACAUUUUAAGUGUUAUAUUUACGAUGAUAUGUACUCCAAACGAGUACGCUCAGAAUCCAUCGUUAAGCUAGUACGAUUAAAAAAUGAUUUUAUUUUGAAAAUGCAGGAAGUGUUGCAGUCAGGUGUUGUUCCCGCUGGCUGGCAGACAUGGGCCAGGUGUACUCGCAGCCUGCGUGUCAGUUGGCGUAUGACGGCGACGUCCAUCGGCUGUACGAUCUGGUGAGCCAACAUCCCGGUGCCAUGGACGCGCAGGAUGAGGACACUGGGGACACGCCCCUCAUCGCUGCCUGUCGCCGUGGCAACCUGAGUGCGGUUCAAUUCCUGUUGAACAACCGUGCAGACCCGGGCCUCAGCAACAAGAAGCAUCGCACGUGUCUUCACUACGUGGCCAAGCAGAACUUUUCUCUACUUGACCAUCUCAUCAUCCUCAUCCUCAUGCCCAUACUCCUGCUGGGAUACUUCCUCAUGCUACACAAACAGCGGCGUAACGAGACUCUGAUGAAGGAAGUGUUAAACAGUAACGUGGACGUCAACGCGCCGGACUACAAAGGAAACACGGCUCUUCACUAUGCAUGUCUGAGGAAACGUCAGCAUUUGGUUCCUCUGCUGCUCCUCCGAGACGCCGACCCCCAUGUGAAGAACCACGACGGAGAGACGCCGUUGGACAUCGCCAUGAGGUUAAAGUACAGCAAAGUGGUGCGUUUGCUCAGGAAGACGCAGUGACGCCGACUUGGUCCUUGAAGGUGGCGCCACUAACGUCAUGAAGUUUCACAGUCAGCUCAAACCUUCUUCCAGAACAUUCAUCGAAAGGAAACUUAUUUAUUUCACUCCAAACUUGAUAGUGGAUAUUUUUUUAAUGGAAUCGUAAGGACAAAGGAAUGACAGGAAGUUAAAAAGUCAACAAAAUGGACUCCUUUGGUCUAAAACAGCCAAUAAAAAUGUGUAGAAAUGUAAUAUCA